GAAGGGUGCAGUUUUGAAUGAGUGCACGGGAAGGAGUAUAAAGCGGGAAACUCCGAACACAGAGUAUUCUGUAAUGGUUCGUGUAAUGGUUCGACCGAGUUUCUGUCUUUUUACACCUCCUCUUACAAGUGUACUGAUACCUAGUUUUAAUGAUUGGACCCACUGCCAAAGACCUAUGACUCCAUGAUGUCUCUGGUCUGAACCACACAGGAAACCUUUGCCCUCAGGUUGAAAGUACACUCCACAUACGAACAGAAAAAAUAGAUCUGUACCAAGUCAUGUCCCAGUGAAACUUUAGAACAUCAAGAGUAAAAAGAGAGCAGUACAAACCUCGAGACAGAGAAGAGACUGCCUGCAACAGAAACAACAGUUAGUCGAGCAGCAUACUUCGUCCAGCAACAAUACAUGCUGCAGGAGGGUCACUGAUCCCUUCAAAGUGCUGAGAAGCCCCGCCUGCUCCUCACACCAUGUAUGUGUGGAAUCCAUGCACAGAACACUGACAGCUCUCUCCAAAGAAUUCGAUGAGGAACUUGAAGCUUAGAGAGAUUAGUAACCUGCCCAAGGGGAAGAGAAGAAGCAGGAAUCUAAUGUGUGUCCUGAGCUUUCAGCCUCUAUGCUGUAUUGAUUGGAAAAGAAACUCUAUGGUCUCUUGCACACUUUCCAGCAAGAGUUAAUUCACUGAAAUCAGUGCCUUGGGGCAGUAUCUGUUUUGCCAGCCACCUGUCACCUGGUUCCCUCCAGGGCACACCAUGUCUCUGCCCUUUUAUCAGAGGCUCCACCAGCACUAUGACAGCAGCUAUCGUAACAGGGACCUUCGCAGCACCAUGAGCCAGUACCAGGAGGAGAAGAAAAGUUCUGCCAUCUAUACCCACGGCUCGACGGCCUACAGCAGCCGCUCCUCUGCCGCGCACCGCCAGGAAUCUGAGGCCCUCAGCCAGGCAUCCACUGCCUCCUACCUCCAGCAGGCCUCCCGGGCCGCUGAAUCCACCCAUGCAUUCGCAGCCAGUCGGAAGAUAGCCUCAGCCUAUGAUUAUGGCUACUCCCAUGGACUUACAGAUUCCAGUCUCAUGUUAGAAGAUUAUUCAUCCAAGUUGAGCCCCCAAGCAAAGAGAGCCAAGAAGAGCCUUCUCUCCGGAGAAGAGAAGGAAAAUCUGCCAAGUGACUAUAUGGUGCCCAUUUUCUCAGGACGCCAAGUGCAUGUCAGUGGAAUUACAGAUACAGAAGAAGAAAGAAUUAAAGAAGCUGCUGCUUAUAUAGCCCAGAGAAAUCUUCUUGCUAGUGAAGAAGGAAUCACGGCAUCCAAACAGUCUGCUAUAUCCAAACAGUCUGCUGUCUCCACACAGUCCGCUGUCUCCAAACAGUCUGCUGUAUCCAAACAGUCCUCAGUAUCCAAACAGUCCUCAGUAUCCAAACAGUCCUCAGUAUCCAAACAGUCUACAUCCACUCUUCACCAGGAAGAAGCUUUUGAGAAGAAGUCAAGGAAAGUAGCAAUUCGAGAGAAGGCAGAACGCAUGUCACUGACAAAAACAUUAGAAGAAACUGAGGCAUUUCAUAGAAAGUUGAAUGAAGAUCAUCUUCUCCAUGCUCCCGACUUUGUCAUUAAGCCUCGUUCCCACACUGUUUGGGAGAAAGAAAGUGUAAAAUUACAUUGCUCUGUAUCCGGCUGGCCAGAACCUCGUGUCACAUGGUAUAAAAACCAGGUACCGAUCAACGUCCACGCACACCCUGGAAAAUAUAUUAUUGAGAGUCGAUAUGGAAUGCAUACUCUGGAGAUCAAUGCAUGUGAUUUUGAAGACACUGCUCAGUACCGGGCCUCUGCGAUGAACGUUAAAGGGGAGCUUUCAGCAUAUGCUUCAGUUGUGGUGAAGAGAUAUAAGGGAGAGUUUGAUGAGACUCGCUUCCAUGCUGGGGUUUCCACCCUGCCCCUCAGCUUUGGUGUGACCCCUUAUGGUUAUGCAUCCAAGUUUGAGAUCCACUUUGAUGACAAGUUUGAUGUGUCUUUUGGAAGAGAGGGCGAGACAAUGAGUCUAGGCUGCCGUGUAGUUAUCACUCCUGAAAUUAAGCACUUCCAGCCAGAGAUCCAGUGGUACCGAAAUGGAGCACCUAUUUCUUCAUCCAAAUGGGUGCAAACACUUUGGAGCGGAGAUCGAGCGACAUUGACAUUUUCUCAUCUCAACAAAGAAGAUGAAGGCCUCUACACAAUCCGUGUGCGAAUGGGAGAAUAUUAUGAACAAUAUAGUGCUUAUGUCUUUGUUCGAGACGCUGAUGCAGAGAUCGAAGGAGCUCCAGCCUCUCCCUUGGACGUGGUGUGCUUGGAAGCCAACAAAGAUUAUAUCAUUAUCUCUUGGAAACAGCCAGCUGUGGAUGGAGGGAGUCCUAUUCUGGGAUAUUUUAUUGAUAAGUGUGAGGUGGGCACAGAUAGCUGGUCUCAAUGCAAUGAUACACCUGUGAAGUUUGCUCGUUUUCCAGUCACUGGAUUGAUAGAAGGUCGUUCUUACAUAUUCCGAGUUCGAGCUGUGAAUAAGAAUGGAAUAGGUCUACCAUCUAGAGUUUCUGAGCCUGUGGCUGCUCUGGAUCCAGCUGAGAAAGCUAGACUUAAAAGUCGCCCUUCAGCACCCUGGACUGGACAGAUCAUUGUCACUGAAGAGGAACCUUCAGAGGGUAUUGUUCCCGGCCCCCCAACAGACCUCUCUGUCACAGAGGCUACCCGGAGCUAUGUGGUGCUAAGUUGGAAGCCCCCUGGCCAGCGUGGCCAUGAGGGCAUUCUGUACUUUGUGGAAAAGUGUGAAGCAGGAACAGAAAACUGGCAGCGGGUGAACACAGAGCUCCCUGUGAAGUCACCUCGCUUUGCUCUGUUCGACCUGGCUGAAGGGAAAUCCUACCGUUUCCGUGUCCGCUGUUCUAACUCAGCAGGAGUUGGUGAGCCCUCAGAGGCAACGGAAGUGACAGUGGUAGGGGACAAACUUGAUAUCCCCAAGCCCCCAGGCAAAAUCAUCCCAAGCAGAAAUACAGACACAUCAGUGGUAGUUUCAUGGGAGGAAUCCAAAGAUGCUAAAGAGCUGGUCGGCUACUACAUAGAGUCAAGCAUUGUUGGCUCUGGCAAGUGGGAGCCUUGCAACAACAACCCUGUGAAGGGCCCACGAUUUACUUGCCAUGGAUUGGCGACUGGUCAGAGUUAUAUCUUCCGGGUUAGAGCAGUGAAUGCAGCUGGACUUAGCGAAUAUUCACAGGAUUCAGAAGCGAUUGAAGUUAAAGCUGCUAUUGCUGCACCCUCUCCACCCUGUGACAUCACUUGUCUUGAAAGUUUUCGUGACUCGAUGGUUCUUGGAUGGAAGCAACCAGAUAAGACUGGAGGGGCUGAAAUUACUGGCUAUUAUGUGAACUAUCGUGAGGUAAUUGACGGAGUACCAGGAAGAUGGAGAGAAGCCAACAUCAAAGCUGUCAGUGAUGAGGCAUAUAAGAUUAGCAACUUGAAGGAAAAUAUGGUGUAUCAGUUCCAAGUGGCAGCCAUGAACAUCGCCGGGUUGGGAGAGCCCUCGGCAGUAAGUGCAUGCUUCAAAUGUGAAGAGUGGACCAUUGCUGUUCCAGGACCCCCACACAAUGUCAAAUAUAGUGAAGUCAGGAAAACCUCCCUGGUUCUGCAGUGGAAGCCUCCUAUCCACUCGGGAAGGACUCCCGUCACGGGUUACUUUGUAGACUUGAAGGAGGCCCAUGCCAAGGACGACCAGUGGCGAGGACUCAAUAAGGCAGCUAUUAAGAACACGUACCUGAGGGUACAAGGCCUCAAGGAGGGUGUCAGCUACGUGCUCCGUGUCCGAGCCAUCAACCAGGCGGGUGUUGGCAAGCCAUCAGACCUUGCUGGGCCUGUUGUGGCAGAAACCCGUCCAGGAACCAAAGAGGUUGUUGUAAAUGUGGAUGAUGAUGGAGUAAUUUCACUGAACUUUGAAUGUGAUCAGAUGGCUCCAAAUUCUCAGUUCAGCUGGUCCAAAGAUUAUGUAUCCACUGAGGACUCUCCACGAUUAGAGAUUGAAAGCAAAGGCAACAAGACGAAAAUGACCUUCAAGGACCUGGGGACAGAAGACCUGGGCAUUUACUCCUGUGAUGUAACGGACACUGAUGGAAUAGGGUCAAGCUACUUGAUUGAUGAGGAAGAGCUGAAACGUUUACUAGCUCUCAGCCAAGAACACAAGUUCCCAACUGUCCCAAUUAAGUCAGAGUUGGCAGUUGAAAUCUUGGAGAAAGGCCAGGUCCGGUUUUGGAUGCAGGCUGAGAAGCUGUCUGGCAACACCAAAGUCACCUACAUAUUUAAUGACAAGGAGAUUUUUGAAGGGCCGAAAUACAAGAUGCAUAUUGACCGAAACACUGGCAUAAUUGAAAUGUUCAUGGAAAAGCUACAGGAUGAGGAUGAAGGAACAUAUACUUUCCAGCUUCAAGAUGGAAAAGCAACCGGCCACUCCACUCUUGUUCUCAUUGGAGAUGUUUAUAAAAAACUCCAGAAAGAAGCCGAAUUCCAGCGGCAAGAAUGGAUCAGGAAACAAGGUCCUCAUUUUGCUGAGUAUUUGAGCUGGGAAGUGACUGGUGAAUGUAAUGUACUAUUGAAAUGCAAGGUGGCAAAUAUUAAGAAGGAGACUCAUAUUGUGUGGUACAAAGAUGAAAGAGAGAUAUCAGUGGAUGAAAAGCAUGACUUUAAGGAUGGUAUAUGUACCCUGCUUAUAACAGAGUUUUCCAAGAAAGAUGCUGGGAUUUAUGAAGUUAUCCUGAAAGAUGACAGAGGAAAAGAUAAGAGCAGACUGAAGCUUGUGGAUGAAGCCUUUAAAGAACUGAUGAGUGAAGUAUGUAAAACCAUAGCUCUGUCUGCUACAGAUCUGAAAAUCCAGAGCACAGCUGAGGGCAUCCGGCUGUACUCUUUUGUUACUUACUACCUGGAUGAUCUGAAAGUUAACUGGUCCCACAAUGGGACUCCUAUUAAGUACUCGGACAGAGUUAAGAGUGGGGUCACUGGGGAGCAGAUCUGGCUGCAAAUCAGCGAGCCCACUCCGAAUGACAAAGGCAAAUAUGUGAUGGAGCUCUUUGAUGGCAAAACUGGACAUCUGAAGACAGUGGAUCUUUCUGGACAAGCCUAUGAUGAAGCCUAUGCUGAAUUCCAGAGAUUAAAACAAGCUGCCAUUGCUGAGAAAAACCGUGCCCGAGUGGUGGGUGGACUCCCCGAUGUGGUCACCAUCCAGGAAGGCAAGGCGCUUAAUCUCACCUGCAUCGUGUGGGGCGACCCAACUCCAGAGGUUUCCUGGUUAAAGAACGAGAAGCCCCUGGUCCCAGAUGACCACUGUAGCAUCAGGUUCGAGGCCGGCAAGACUGCCUACUUCACCAUCAGUGGGGUGAGCACCGCCGACUCCGGCAAAUACGGGCUGGUUGUGAAGAACAAGUACGGCUCAGAGAUAAGCGACUUCACAAUCAGUGUGUUCAUCCCGGAGGAGGUGGCUAGGAAGGCGACUGAGCAGCCCCAGAAAGGCAACAAGAAGGCCAAGUGACCAGGAGGCUGUACGAGGGAGCUGCGCUGAGCUGCCUUGUGUUACUCACGUGCGAAUGGCCUGGGUUAAGUGUAAGGAACUCUUCCCGCUUUCUACUCCCCAUUUUUGUGCUGGCUCAGGGGAAAAUCAUAAAAUCUCUCAUUCAUAUAAAAAAGCAUCAACUAACAACAUUUUGAUAGUUUUCUGUAUCAACAAAUUCUGUGUUAAGAAAAUGCCAUUGGUCGCACAAAUACUAGGAAACGGUUUUAAAGAAAAGACCAGAAUAAAGACGGAGGGAGGUUGGAUGAUGGUCAGAGAGUAGGUGAAUAUGUUGUGGAGCAGGAUUUGGACUUGGCUCGACUUUUCCCAGGGAAAUUCUCAUGGGUUGCAAUCAUACUUCAGCAUCCUGUCCAAAGGGGGAUGAAUUGUUGAGCCAAGCAGUGUGUUUUGUGUGUUGUUAAUGAUAGUGACGUGCUUAUCUGUUGGCAGUCUUGUGAUUUGGAGCCUCCUCAGUAUUAAUAAACAGUCCUCACACCUCU